UGCUGCCCCUCACAGAGAUAAAGGGCCAAGCUCUCAUGAAUAAGUAGCCCUUCAGAGAAAUUCUCCUCGGCGGAGAGUCAAAGAAGCAGGCUGUAGAUACAACAGAAAACGUAGGGUGUAGUUGGAGACUCACUCCGCAGUGCAGAAUCCUAUGAUAGUUCAUGACAGAGAAAGUGAUUGAAUCCCAGGGAAUUCUGUGUGAGGUGUCAGCUGAAGGACAAGAAGACCGUGUGAGUGUGUGAGGACGUCAGGGAGCCAUGUGGCGUGGGAAGCGACGUUGGUCGUCCACGGAGGUGCUGCUGAGUGUCCUGUGUCUGACCCUGCUGGCGGUGUGUGUCAGUCUCAUCAUCAUCACCUGGCUCGCCAUGCAGACUGACCUGGACCAGUGUGGUCUUGGUGGGACUGAGUCUGUGUUCAGUGGGAGGCUGGUCAUUACGAGGGGGGCUGUGUUUACUGAGAAGCUGAGAAACAGGAGCAGUCUGCAGUUCAAGUCCCUGGCCUUCGACACAGAGCAUCUGAUAUCUGACGCUUACGGCCGUGGCUCCCUCAAUAAUGACUUCAAGGCCUGUGAAGUUUUAGAAUUCAGCAAUGGCAGUGUGGUGGUGAACUUUGACCUGCAGUUUCGUCAGAGUGUGGAGGUGAAGGAGGCAGAGCAGCAGCUGGUGGCUGGGCUUCAGAGCACUGGGGGCCUGGUGGUUAACCAAAAUAGCAUCCAGGUCAGAGUGAAAGAGGACCUAACUACAUACCAACCGACCUCUUCAACCAAAUGGACCACUACACCUCAUCUUUCCACUACAUCUUCUUCGGGGAAAUGCCCACCUUAUCAUAUGGCCUGUGGGGACGGCACUACAUGUGUGGCCACCAUGCAGUUUUGUGAUGGAGUAGACAAUUGUCCUGAUGGCUCAGAUGAAAACCAUACUCUCUGUGCAACAAAGUGCGAUGGCCAAUUCCUUCUUCUUGGUCCUACGGGCUCCUUCCAUUCGGAAAACUUCCCUCUCCCCUACAACAAUGGCAUGAUUUGCCGCUGGGUCAUACGAGUUCAGAACGGACUGGCCAUAAAGAUGAAUUUCCACUCAUUCGACACAGAAGAAGAGAUUGAUACUCUCAGUCUAUAUGAGGGCACAGGACAGGGGAAAAAUCUGACAUACCUGCUGUCAGGCCGUUCCCCAGGCAUUGUGUGGCUGCUGUCUGACAAGGCCACUGUUGAGUUCUCUUCUGACGAUUACAACAAUUUCCAAGGAUUUAAUGCCACCUACUCAGCAGAAGACAUCAGCAACCUCUCUAAUGAGGAGAGGCUGAGCUGCUCCUUUGAGGAGGGCCUGUGUUUCUGGAGGCAGGAGCCUGAGGAUGAAGGGGACUGGAUACGCACCAAUACCCCCACAUUCCCCCCUUUCACAGGCCCAAACUUUGACCAUACAUUUGGUAACCAAUCAGGCUACUACAUUGUCACACCGGGAAGCCCUGGCCAGUGGGAGAAGAACUUCAAGAUCCGCAGCCUCCGAUUAGCUCAUUCAAAAGAACCAAUGUGUCUGAAGUUCUGGUACCACAUGUAUGGAGAGAAUGUGCAUCGGCUGAGGGUGUUGGUAGAGAGACGGUCAACUUCUUUGGUCAGAGAAGCUUCAGUCAUUGUGGUCUUCCAGAAGGAGGGGAACUAUGGAGAUAACUGGAACUUUGGCCAGGUCACCCUGAACAGCACAGCUGAUGCAACGGUGGUUUUUGAGGCUCAGAAGAAGGGGGGUAUGAAGAAUGACAUCGCCCUGGAUGACAUUAGUCUGACAAAUGGUCCCUGUGGGGCGGACCCACCAGACCCAACAGUGGUUCCCACCCCUACAACACCACCUCCAAUACCUCCUGACUGUGGAGGACCUUUUGACCUCUGGGAACCCAACUCUACAUUCAGCUCCCCAAACUACCCACACUCCUAUGGAAACAAGGCUUCUUGUUUGUGGACUCUUCAUGCCAGGGAAGGAUGGAACAUCCUGCUUCACUUCCUGGAUUUUGACGUUGAGUCGACCUAUGACAUGGUGGAGGUGCGGGAUGGGGCGGGGCCACAGUCUGAACUGCUGGGUGUCUUCACUGGUACUGAUGCUACCUUUCCAGAUGUGAUCUCCACAGCCAAUCAGAUCACAGUGAUAUUCUUUACGGACAGUACAGGGUACGGCAGAGGGUUCCGUGCCAACUUCACAUCUGGAUUAGCACUGGGCAUGCCAAAGCCUUGUGUCACUGGGAAAUAUCGGUGUCAGUCUGGAGAAUGUAUCUCCAAUGUCAGUGUGUGUAACGGCCAACCAGACUGCGCUGACUCCUCAGACGAAGCUGACUGUGUGCAUCAGGUAUCAGUGGACAGUACGAGUGUCAGACAUCUGCAGCUCCAGGUCCAGACCACUAGGUACACAACCUGUGGUCAACACUGGAACUCUCAGCUCUCCCACUUCAUGUGUCGUUACCUGGGCUACAGAUCAGGAAGUGCCCUCCUCAUACCGUCCACAGAGAAAGACUCUCCCUUCACCACCGUGAGUGUGGCAGCCAACGGUAACCUGGACCUGACCCCCAGUGAAAAAUGUACGGGUGAAAAGGUUAUAUCUUUGGAAUGUGACAACCAACCGUGUGGCGUCCGUAUGGUCUCCCAGAAGAUGGAUCGAAGUGGGUCCACUGAACUAAGGAGGGAGGAGAAAGGAGAGGAGUUGGAGGAGAGUGGAACUGUCAGAGUGGUGGGAGGGACAGACGCUCGUAAGGGGGCGUGGCCAUGGAUGGUGUCGCUGUACUUUAGGGGCCGCCAUGUGUGUGGAGCUACUCUGAUUGACAACGAGUGGUUGGUCACCGCUGCACACUGCGUUUAUGGGAAAAAUAUUCACCUUUCCAACUGGGAGGCAGUUUUGGGCCUUCACUCCCAGGACAGUGUAGAUGUUCUCCCAUCACAGACCCGAAAGGUUGACCACAUCAUCAUGAACAAACACUACAACAGAAGGACCAAGGAUGCUGACAUCGCAAUGAUGCACCUUCAAACAAACGUCAACUUCACAGAUAACAUUCAACCCAUCUGUCUGCCAGGAAGUGGCCAGCAGUUUGAGGCUGGGAUGAAGUGUUUCAUUACAGGCUGGGGAGCAGAAGUAGAGCAAGGCACAUCAGCUAAUGUGCUGCAGCAGGCAGUGCUGCCCCUGGUGAGCCGCUCUGAGUGUCAGAAGCUGCUACCUGAGUACAACAUUACAGCAAGGAUGGUGUGUGCCGGCUACUCUGAGGGGGGAGUGGACUCCUGCCAGGGGGACUCUGGAGGUCCUCUCAUGUGUGAGGAGGAUGGCCACUGGGUGCAGGUUGGCGUGAUUUCUUUUGGUGUGGGGUGUGGCCGCCCCCAGCGCCCUGGUGUGUACGCCCUGGUCUCCCAGUUCACUGACUGGGUCGUCCAGACCAGACGGCUCUCCUGACACUGGGGACACUGGGAUUGCAGGCUCCAGGGAAACAGAAUAUUCAGUCCUGAAUUAGGAUCAUAUGCAGUCUUGGUUACUAAAUCAAUCAAUGCGUUUGAAUAAGUACAAUGGUGUAACACAGCUUUACAGGGAUAUUCAAAAUAUGUACAAAUAAUUGUUUGCAUUUCUAUGCUAUCUUAUACUUAUAAAAAUCAGUUGUUGUACCUACAACACAAAUGAGACUUCCCAUGGCUGGUCCUGAAGAAGAAAUUAAAUGUUGUGAAAUUAUGACACAAGAUGGCAGUAUCUUGCGUAUUAA